AAUCGGAAAAGGCCUAUAGCGACUGGUGGCAAGCGAUCAUCGGCGUCGAGGCUGUAGUGCUAUGUAGUGAGGCUGCCGGCGGCGCGAGAGCGUAGCCGCGACCACUCGCACGCUCGCUGAAUGACCACGUCGCUGUGCCGUGUGUGACGGGCAGAUCUCGCAGUCCGCCAGCAACACCGGGCGGUCCGCGAACUGGAAACGAUUUUUCUCUGCUGCGCGCCUACCGGCUUGGGGCCAUCUUUUUGAUCCGAAGACAGGAUUGCCGGACCACGUGGAUGGAAAGAGCAUGCGCAAGAUAAUCUGCUACUCCUCGUGCCUAAAGACUAGUUCAUCUACCUGGCGCCUGGCUUAUCCUUCACCGUGAAUCACGUGCAUCCUGCGGAUAGGUCACAAGGGUCCCCUUCUGCUGCUACUUAUAUGGGUUGCGCUGUGUUCUCCCGGUCAUUUGGCAGCAGCGGCAGCGGAAUACAGACGGCAAUCUAACGUGGCUCCGCAACCUUUUACAGAAUCUCCACAUGGACUACUUCCAAAUAGAGGAGGAAGAGGCAAAGACACGCGACCCACAGGAUGACGAGGCUCAAUUCCGGAGGAUCUGCGGCGAGAUUCAGGCAAACAUGAGGAAGAUCCUCGAAAUGAAGCUGCAGCGGAGAUCCGUGGCUGACAUUGAAAAACUUCGGGUGGAGACAUCCUUGCUGUUCCUGGGACUGAAGAAGAUCAACCGCCUGGACAAGCAUCGGCUCAAAGUGGCAAAGGAUGCUGUCAAUGAGAAGAAGCAGAAAGUGGACAACUUCCACCUCCAGCUGCAGAACCUGACAUAUGAGGUGAUGCAUCUGCAGAAAGAGGUCACCAAGUGCAUGGAAUUCAGGUCCAGGGAUGAGGAGAUCGAUCUUGUACCCGUAGAGGAGUUCCGCAGGGAGGCACCAGCAGAGGUUCGCAAGAAGGACCUGACUGAUGGUGACCCACAUCAACUGACCCUGGCAAGGCUUCAGUGGGAGCUCGUGCAAAGAAAAGAGCUGUCCCAGAAGCUGCGGGGUCUGGAGUCAAUGCGCGAGCAGUACGAGCACGAGAUUGAACGCAAGCGCGAGUGCCUGUCCGGCAUCCAGCCAACGCUGCAGGCGGUGCUGGAGGCAGCACAACCCUUGCAGGCUGACCUGGGCCUCCCGCUGCAGGCUCGACAGGGAGAGCACGCCAAUGCCCAGUACCUUGCACGACCCCUGUACAUGCUGUACGUGCAGGCAACCGCCUACCAGCACGCCUACGGUGAUUGUUUCGAGGUUGGCAUGGAAGGCAGCGUGGAGGAGUCCAAGGCACUCCUCGAAAUGACACAAGAAAAUCGAGAGGAGGACAGCGGGGAAUCUGACCAGGAGGAAUCAAAUGCUGGGAAACGACAUAGGAGGCUGACCCGCAGUGGAACUGGUACAUCCAACGUGGCCAAGUGUCUGCAAAAACAUCCACUCACCGUGGUGCUCACCCUCCAGCACAAAGACAAUAACCAACUGUCACAUUUUUCACUGCAAAGGUACAAACUGCAGAUUACGUUUACAUACAUCAUCCCCCUACACAUUGUCACCGUCACGGCCAAGGUCACUGAACCUCAUGGUGUCUCAAGUGGUGUCUCUGCAAGCCCAGCUAUGUCCCCAUCCACGAUUCUUGACAACUUGUUUGGUGAUGACAACGGCCUCUGUUCUCCGAACCCCGCCAACCAUUUCCAGCUCAAGAAAAAUGGGUUGGAGGACUUCUCCACAGUAGUGGCCGAGGUGGGCAAGGCUUAUCGCUGGGCACAGCGCCUCGCAGGCCUGGAGUUCCUGCAGGGCUCCGGAGCCUCUGUGGUGGCCAGCCACGAAGCUGGACGGGCUUUCGUGGAAGAGUUUGCGCGCUCCAUUACGGCCCGCUUUUCAGCCCGUGUUAGCCUUUACGAGCAGCUCCUUUCCCUAGAAAAAGGCCUGGUGCAAGUUCCUGCGUUGCUGGCAGAUCAUUUUCCCAGCAAAGUGACCUCGGUGCUGAAGCAGUGGACACAGGUGACCCAUGCUGACGUAGAGAGCCACCCAUCGCACAAGGAGAUGGAAGAGCUUGGCCUAAUCCGAGGGGAUGAGCUCGUGUACCAGGCCGUGCUUCGCCGGGGAUCUGCCAUGGUGAAGGCCUUGGUGCUGUUACGCGACAACUACCCGAGGGAGGCACCCCUAUUUCUGCUGGUGCUUCAGCUGCGAGAGGAGUGCUCCAGCCGCGAUGAUGAUGCCGUCAAGGAGCUGGAGCGCGAACUGAACCUGCACUGCGUGGAGCAGGAGCAGGCGCAGGCGGGUGACCAACUGCUGAGCUGCCAACUCCAGCAGCUUCUGGUCUCCAUGGACGUACUGCUCGAGUCACUGUGUGACCACCUGGACGCACCGCGCGAGUUCUCCAGGGACAAGGUGCUUGCCCGGACGGCAAGGGGUCCAGGCAGAAGUCGACCAUACAAGUUCCUCCCAAAGCCAGGCAUUUUCACACAAAGGACAUGAGCAGAUGUCUAUUCCUCAUAAAAAUCUGAACUAAUAAAAAAGACUCAAUACCCUUAAACUUAAUGGAUUUUUUUUUUUUUUUUGGCCUACCAGUAACUGCACACUUCACACACACUGCAACGACCCCCCCCCCCCCCCCCCGCCUCUUUUUUUUCUUGGUAGCAAUGUCUGUUUCACUUCUCUGGAGUGCCUCCAUACAGAAAACCAUGCACGGUUAUGCCAAAUUAGAUGAUUAUCUUUGCAUCACUGUCCUGACAAAGUUUGUCUUUUUGGUAGCCUCUGCAAUAAAGAUUCAUGUUAAAGCGGCUGGCAAA